AUGUCUGCUGUACCAACACGAUCGUAUAUGGAAGAUCCUAAAAUUAAAUGGAGGUCGGGAAAGCCAAACUAUGAUCUGGUCAACGCAAAAUAUUUGAAGGAAAAGCAGUCAAAUCAUCCCGUUGACUCGCUUGAGAAACUUGUGGAAAAUGUGGCCAAGACUUGGGAAAUGGAAAUGACAAAUAAGCUGGAUUUAGAUGAUUGGUGUUCAAUAGCUGACAAAGAUACAUUCAAAUACAUAAUAAAUGGCAACCAUGUAUUCAGCGCUAAAGAUUGUGUUGAAAAAGGCAAUUACCAGAUAACACUGACCGAUUGUCCACUGUACAACCCCAAAGCCUUCACGUUUGAAACGUCACACGCCCUAUUCAAGAAAGCAUUUGACGAAGGAUUUCCCUGGGAGCUCAAAGAAUUAUUUUCUGGUCCACCAAAUAUCGCGUUUUCUUGGCGACAUUGGACAAACUGGACUGGCAAAUUCGGCAAGCUUGAACCAACGAAUGAGCGUAUAGAAAUGACUGGUAUGGCAAAAGUUGUUGUAGAUGACAAUUUGAAAUUGGUAUCUGUUGAGGUUUUCUAUGAUCCAAAUCCUUUGAUAGCAACGUUGUUAGGACUCCAGGAGUAUAAAAACAAGGAUUUCCCAAUGCCAACAGAUAUUUAA